AUGUCCUACAACAAGACCCCCUCCAUCACCGCCGAGACCAUCAACUCCAAGGUCAGGAUCUUCACCUACGAGCCCUGUGGGGAGAUUGUCAGGCACGCGCGGGGGUUAGAGCAGGAGAUAUACGAAAAUCCAGGCUCUCUCCCUUUUCAAGAGAUAAUAUACUGCAAUCUUGGGAACCCCCAGGCUCUUGGCCAGCGACCGAUUACUUUCUUUCGCGAGGUUCUUUGUCUGUGUGACAAUCCACCUCUCAUAUACAGAGAUGAAGCUCGUGCAUUAUUCAGUCCAUGUGCACUAAAAAGAGCCAAGAAGAUUGUUGAAUCACUUCCUGGCAGACAAUCUGGUUCCUACACUAGUAGUCAGGGAGUCAGAAGUUUGCGUGAAGCCGUUGCUAAUGGGAUAUCUGCCAGAGAUGGUUUUCCAUCAAGACCAGAAGACAUCUUUCUGACAGAUGGAGCAAGUUCAGCAAUCAACUUGAUGAUGCAAAUACUCAUCAGGUCCCCAGAAGACGGCAUUUUGUGCCCGCUACCUGAUUAUCCGUUAUACUCGGCUUCUAUUAUUCUUCAUGGUGGAACCAUGGUACCAUAUAAUCUUACUGAAGAUAGUGGUUGGGGGCUUGAAAUUUUCGAAGUCAAGAGGUGUUUGGAGGAUUCUCGUGCAUCAGGUUUGACUGUUAGAGCCAUGGUAGUCAUAAAUCCAGGCAAUCCUACUGGACAGGUAAUGAGUAUAACAAACCAGGAGGAGAUUGUGGAAUUCUGUAGGAAAGAAGGUUUGGUUAUUCUUGCUGACGAGGUAUACCAAGAUAAUGUCUACACAGAGAACAAGAAAUUCAAUUCCUUCAAAAAAGUGGCCAGGUCACUUGGUUACGAUCACAAUGAGCUAUCUAUUGUGUCAUUUCACUCGGUUUCUAUGGGAUACUAUGGAGAAUGUGGCAGAAGGGGUGGCUACAUGGAGAUUUGUGGUUUUGGAGCUGAUGUGAUGGAUGAGAUUUACAAAUUGGCAUCUCUAUCAAUUUGUCCCAACAUUGCUGGUCAAAUCCUUAUCAGCCUUAUUAUGGAUCCACCUAAGAUAGGGGAUGGAUCUUUUGAGACUUUCAUGGCCGAGAAGGAAGAAACUUGUUCAUCUCUAAUCAAGCGUGCUAAGGCUUUGCACAAGGCAUUUAACAGCUUGGAAGGCGUGUCGUGCAACAAGUUCGAGGGAGCCAUGUACCUCUUCCCACUGCUGCACCUUCCACCAUUGGCGAUCAGCGCGGCGGAGCAGGAGGGUGUCUCCCCUGAUGUGUUCUACGCACACCGCCUCCUCAGCGCCACGGGGGUAGUCGUUGUCCCAGGAUCUGGAUUCCAUCCGAUCUCUGGGAGGUCGCACAUCCGGUGCACGAUCCUCCCCGACGAGGAGAAGAUCGCGGAGAUGGUCCCCCGGCUCCAGGCGUUCCAUGAGGCGUUCAUGGACGAGUUCCGUGGAUGAUGCCUGCCGGCGAUGAGCUUAUUAAUUAAUUAUAUGCAAACAGAAUGGCAUGCGCCGUGGAAGCAGUUUUUUAGCACACCGAAAUCUUCAGCGGUGUUUGAUGAGUUUGUUGCGUAAUUAGGUUGUGACCUGCUGCUGCUGCUAUAUUGCUGCAAUAAACCAACUACCCUUUUGAGGAAUAACCCCUAUUUGUAGGGCGUUGCAUCUUU